GAGGUGGAGAGGCUGUGGCAGUGGUGUGUUUUGAGCAGUGUUUUCUGUUGCCUUACUGACCACCUCUGUGCUGUGCUUGUGUGCCACAGGGUCAACAGCAGCCUGUCUAGCGAUGAGCUCUUACUGGAAGACUUGGAGACAGAAGGAGAGAGGCAGCUGAAGAGCCUCCUUCACCACCAGCUUGAUACCACUGUCUCCAUUGAGCAGUGCAAGUCAAAGCGAAGAUGCUUUGCCCCUGCAGCUUUUUACAAGCCUUUUGGGGAAGAGGCUGCGGGGGCUUUGACUUUGUCACAGUUCCAGGCCCUGCAGGAGAGCAACAAAGAAACUGCCUCUCUCCGGGAACUGGGGCUCUCUGACUCAGAGAUUCUGCUCUGGAAGAACCAAGCUUCAACAGGGAAGGGCUCUGGGCUGGGAGCGGCCCCGGAGGCCACGCAGGACCGACUUCAUGCCAUCCAGGAGAAGCGCAUACUCGCUCUGCCCCAGAGGUUUGCUGGCAGCAAGCAGCUGAGCCGGCGGGAGAUGGAGAUUGAAAAUGCCCUCUUUCAGGGCACGGACCGUCACUCCUUCCUCCGGGCACUCUACCACCAAGAUGACACUCAGAAGAAGAUAACAGAUGAAAAAGACCCCAUGGUUCAUCUGGAGAGUGUUUACCAAGAGCUGCUGAGCAAGAAGUGGCCUGAAGAAGUCCAGCCUUCCAAGAGUGACCCAUGCUUGUGCUCUCCCCUGGCUCCGCAGGGGCCUGUGGCUGAGCAGUCAUCACUUCCAGACCAGGAAGAGCAGGCAGAACAGACAAGAAGUCUCGGCCUUCCUGCAACAAGGUCCCACCAGUGUCCUCCAAGGGUUGUGAUUAUCAAAGACCCUGUAGAGUUUGUCCCGGAAGAGGAGAUCUGCAAGAACCGUCUCUCAGAGGAAGAACUCCGGAAUAUACCCAGGUUCUCGUCCUACCAUCCUGGGGAGCCCAACAAGGUGCUGUAUUUGAAGAACCUGGGCCCUCACGUGACGAUGAAGGACCUGGUGUCCUUGUUUGCUCGGUUCCAGAAGGAAGACAGCCCACCGAUCCAGUUCCGCCUCCUGAGUGGCCGGAUGAGGGGUCAGGCUUUCAUCACCUUCCCUGAUACUCAGUCGGCCCAGGAUGCCAUGCUGUUGGUGAACGGGUACAAUCUGCAGGGGAAGCCCAUGGUGAUGGAAUUUGGGAAAAGCAAGGGACUUUCACCAGAAGCUGACUCUGCUGUUGUCUGCCCCUCUGCUAGAGAGGACCCCCCUGCCAACUUCAGUUUCACAGAGAAGACUGUGAAGAGAGCCCACCCAUCCAUUGGACUAUAUGGGUUCAAGUCUGACUCCAUGCAGCUGCGGAAGGAUGCCAUCAUUUUCACCAAGACUGGAGGGGCUCUCAGCAUGGGGCUGCUUUCCCAGACCUGCAUGGACCAUGUCCAUGCUGCGACA